AUGGAGGAUCAGCGAGCACAGGCGAUCUUGCAAACUAUGUGUAGAACUGAGAACGGCCGAUUUGUCACUCGUCUCUUGUGGAAAUUCGACGAGUUCCGCCUUCCAAACAGCAAGCCCGUAGCACUUCUGCGUAUGCGAUGUCUGGAAUCCAAGCUUAAGAAGGAACCUGCGCUAGCCGAGGCAAUGCAACAGAAGAUUGAUGAUUAUUUGCAAAAAGGCUAUAUUCGGAAGUUGAGUCCAGCAGAACUGAGACAACCAAAACAGCGAAUUUGGUACCUGCCAAUAUUCCCAGUUUUCAAUCCGAAUAAGCCCGGUAAGUUAAGAAUUGUUUGGGACGCAGCCGCUACAAGCCACGGAAUUUCGCUCAACACAAUGCUCCUCAAAGGGCCAGAUCAAUCAACCUCUCUGAACUCUGUACUCUACAAGUUUAGGGAAAACAAAGUGGCCAUCUGUGGAGACAUUAAAGAGAUGUUCCACCAAACACUCAUUGACGAAAAGGACCAACACUGUCAGCGGUUCUUAUGGAAGGAACAAUCGGCGGAUCAGGAGCCUACUACCUUCGUUAUGCAGGUUAUGACCUUUGGGGCAUCAUGUUCGCCUAGUUGUGCUCAGUAUGCAAAAAACCUGAAUGCAAAGGAGUACGAAGGUCGGUUUCCCGAAGCUGCUGAGGCGAUAACAAAUAAGCAUUAUGUGGACGAUAUGUUGGCUAGCGUGGACACCGAAGAAGAAGCAAUUAAACUGGCGCAGGAUGUCCGACACGUUCAUGCUCAAGCAGGUUACGAAAUGCGAAAUUGGAUCUCAAAUUCGUCAACUGUUAUCGAUGCGCUGAAUGCAGGGGGAGAGUUCGAAAAGAAUCUUAAUCUAUCAUCGGAAUUAGCAACAGAAAAGGUUUUAGGUAUGUGGUGGUGCACGACCUCCGACACAUUCACCUACAAACUAUCUCCAAAGCACGAUACUGACUUGCUCGCCGGAAAACGAAAGCCAACUAAACGUGAAAUGUUACGUACUUUGAUGGCGAUCUUUGAUCCGCUCGGACUCAUUUCCAACGCACUUAUUUUUCUAAAAAUACUUCUUCAAGAAGUCUGGCGAUACAACGUAAACUGGGAUGACGAAAUUCCGGAUGAACUAAACACUAGAUGGGAAUUGUGGUUACGAAUUCUGCCAAUGGUGCAGAAUGUCAGAAUACCACGAUGUUACCGCAUUUCGAUCAACAUGGGAGUUGAUACCAAAGUUCAACUCCAUACUUUCGUCGAUGCUAGCGAGUUUGGAUAUGCUGCUGUCGUCUACCUACGUUUCGUUAAACUUAAUCAAGUAGAAUGUACGAUUGUGUCAGCUAAGGCAAGAGUUGCGCCAAUACGAUUCAUUUCGAUACCUCGCUUAGAGCUCCAGGCGGCAGUUAUUGGAUCCAGAUUAGCGGAAACUAUUGUGAAAUCCCUAUCAUUUGAGAUUGAUGAGCGCGUAUAUUGGACGGAUUCGCGAGAUGUUUUAUGCUGGAUCCGAUCAGAUCAUAGACGUUACUCGCAAUUCGUAGCGUUUCGUGUAAGCGAGGUCCUCGAAACUACCACGAUUUCCUCCUGGCGCUGGGUGAGCUCUAAAGAAAACGUUGCUGACGAAGCUACAAAAUGGCAACGUCAACCAGAUCUUACAAACAGUAGCAGAUGGUUAAAUGGACCAGAAUUUCUAUACCAAGAUCCCACAACCUGGCCAAAUGAACCUGCACAUAGUUCGCACACCAAAGAAGAACUACGCGCACAUCUCAAUUAUCAUGGAAAAGUACAAACAUCAGUUAUUGAUUUCAGUUACUAUGACUCGUGGACAAGACUACUUCGCGUAACGGCCAGAUUGCUUAGGUAUACUAGUAAUCUUCGUCGAACCGUGGCCAAACUGCAUCGGGAAAGUGGUCCACUAACACAGCAAGAACUUCAGUGUGCCUCAUUUUAUCUCUAUAAGCAAGCACAGCAGAAUACAUAUUCCGAAGAAAUGCAAAUACUUUUGAACUCUGAUGUGAUUCCAAGAUCCAGCCCCAUAUACUGUUGUUCACCAUUUCUGGACGAUUGCGGAGUCAUGCGAAUGCGAGGUAGAAUAGGAAACUGUGAAUUCGCUUCAACUGAUGCAAAGAAUCCUAUCAUUCUUCCCAAGGAUCAUUCUAUUACUAGGCUGAUCGUGUUUAACUAUCACGUACGAUACUACCAUGGCAAUCACGAAACAGUCAUUAAUGAGUUGCGACAGGUGUACCGAAUUCCAAAGCUAAGAGUUCUGUAUAAGAGUGUUAAAACCAGGUGUCAAGUUUGCAAAAAUCAAAGGGCCGCACCUAAUCCACCGAUGAUGGCAGAACUACCGAAAGCAAGACUGGCAGCAUUCGCAAGGCCAUUUUCUUUCGUAGGAGUGGACUAUUUCGGGCCAUUGUACGUAGUAGUUGGGAGACGACUGGAGAAAAGGUGGGGAGUGUUGAUUACAUGUCUAACUGUGCGAGCUAUUCAUAUUGAAAUUGCGCAUUCUCUGAACGCUGAUUCGUGCAUUAUGGCUUUACGUAACUUUAUGGCUAGGCGAGGUGUACCAUUACGGAUUUAUAGCGAUCGAGGCACUAACUUCGUGGCAAGUAGUAAGGAACUUGAUGAAGCAUUAAAAGAAAUGAAUCAGGACUACGUGAUGCGAGAAAUUAUAAGUUGUCAUACCGAAUGGGAGUUUCUUCCUCCAGCGUCUCCACACAUGGGCGGCUGUUGGGAGCGGCUUGUUCGCUCAGUCAAGGUCAACCUGCAAAAGAUAAAUCCGCAGCGCAAUUUUACGGAUGAAUCUUUACGGAAUACACUGAUAGAGAUAGAAAACACAGUCAACUCGCGGCCACUGACUUUCGUAUCCGUAGAUGAUCCAGAUGCCCCAGUCCUGACACCAAAUCAUCUUCUACUGGGGUCUUCCAGUGGGUUGAAACCAACAGCGCCCCUAGACGAUAGCGGACGCAGUCUAAGACGGACAUGGCGAGCUUCCCAAGCAGAGGCGAACCUCUUCUGGCGACGAUGGGUGCGUUACUACAUGCCAGAGCUAACAAAACGUUCAAAGUGGUUCGAUAAGGUCAAACCGAUUACCGUGGAUGAUGUGGUAGUGGUAGUUGAUCCCGGAUUACCCAGAAACUGUUGGCCACUAGGACGCAUUAUUUCCGUUAAAAAGGGUAGGGACAAGCAAGUCAGGACAGCAACGGUUCAAACCAAGAACGGCAUCUACGAGCGCCCCGCCACAAGGCUAGCUGUUUUGGACGUUCGACGCGAUGAAUCAGGGGAGCGACGGCCCCGCUGCCCUCAACUGGCCAUGCCCUUGCCUAACAAACUAGAUGUCGACGGCUAUCGUGGCGAAUCAAACGAAAAUCACUACGUAUGCCUUGGUUGGAGCACGAUUGCGGACGGUUGCCUUCAGCAGAAACAGUCCACGGUAGUCGCGACUCCACAGACGGAGUAG